CGCGCGUGCUUUCGACGAAAAUGCAGUGCCUCGACCACCGAAUUCUCCUCGUCGUCCUGUCGUGCGGUUCCGCGAUGGCGCACGGCGCUCAGGGGAUCCGCAGCUUCCAGAAGAGCUGGACCUUCCAGGAGAAGGAGGUGAUUCUGAGCCGCGAUCUCACGACCUCGGACGUCACGGCCGCCGGCGAGAACCGCUUCCUCUACGCGCUCUGCGAGGAGGCGCACUGGAAGCCGAAGAAGACGUGCGACGUGAUGCUCGAGACCUACACCGCGGAGGACCUGACCUACAAGAGCACCUGCCGGCUGAACCUCAAGACGGAGAACGAGAGCCGGAUGAUCGGGCGCAACUUCCUGCUGACGCAGCUGGGCGGCGAGCAGGCCAUCUUCAUGUGGAUCGACCGGGAGAAGGUGAACUGGUCGAAGCACGAGAUACUGCUCCGGGGCCGGCUGAUCAGCUGGUCGAACUGCAGCUCCAGCGACUUGAAGCUGGCCAUCGAUGAGCAGAACGGCCUGAUGGACGAGGUCAAGUUCAACAACGUCGUGGUCUACGAGAACUCGUUCGACGUCUUCUUCUACAGCCGGAGCCAGUGCGGCAGCGGCAGGUGCAAGGCCAGCUUCGACUCGAGGGCCCAGCGCGUCGGGCGCAUCGAGUCGUUCGCCAAGAUGGACGACUCGCCGCUGGGCCUGGUAUUCCCGGUCGCCGCGGCGAGCAGCGCCAAGGGCUACUACUCCUUCUCCUGGAACAGCGGCAAGUUCACGGCCGUCGCGGUGCGGCCCAGCGGGGAGACGACGGAGCUGGCGACCGUGAGUUUCCAGGGCUACCUGAUGUUCGGCAUCUCGGCCAAGUACGACCUCCUGGGCUUCUGCUGGCUGCCCAUGCGCGGCGACAGCAGCGUCAGCUGCGCCCAGCUCGAUGCUGGGGGCAGGUCCAGGUUGAACGUCAGCCUCGACUUGGGCUACAACGUCGUCCACGUCGGGGUGAUGAACCUGCCCGGCGGGGGCUUCCUGCUGCUGCAGCUCGUCUGCACCGACAAGCAGUGCCUGGGCCACAAGUCGUUCUACCUGUCGAGGAUCCGGCCGGACGGGACGCACGACAACAGGCCGCUCGAGAUCGCCGGCAUCGAGCUCGACCCCUCCAGGCUGGACCGCUACAGGAUCGCCCUCUACGAGAAGAGCGUCGAGGAGCUCUGCGUCACGCUCGCGGGGCCGGCUUCGCUCAGCGAGUUCGACGUCAUCGUCAAGCGGCCGGAGCUGAGCUUCGUCAGCAAGUGUUUUCCCAAAAAGUACGCGAACGUCCAGUGAAUUAGCGAGCUGUGUACGGCAUUGAUUAAAACUCACACACACACACAUAUAUAUAUAUAGGCUCUGAGCGAUAAUGUAAGGCUUGUCUUUCUUUUCUCGAGCCUCCGAACGCGCGGGAAAGUCCGCUUCGAGGCUCGUCUCGUCUCGCAAUCGAACAACGCCGACGAUACGCACGUCUCUCGAAGAGGCAGCGCGAUAAAAAGUCUAGGUCAUCCCUGCCACUCUCGGCUCGGGUCUCGCGCAUCGAUCCUCCGGCCGUAUCAAUUCGUCUUCGGCUUUCGCACUGUUCGCACGGGACUUGCUUCUUUCGGGUCUCGCUCUAAUAAGGGCCUUGCGGAAAUGAAUUCGCUCGCGGCCCUCGUCAUCCUCCUGCUACUCCCGACAGACCGAGUCCUGUCCGACCCAGUCCGAAGGCAGCUGCGAGCCCUGCCCAACUUUUCGAAGCACAUCAGCCAUGCGGGCCAGGACCUGGUGUUCGGGCACUCGGUGGGACAGCGCGUGACCUUCUUCUACGCCCUCUGCGACCGCCACGACAACAGUAGCCAGAAGCUGUGCGCCCUGGUCUUGGAGCCGCUGGACCGGGAGGGCCAGACCAGGACCAAGUCCAGGACCAAGUCGAGGACCUGCGUAUUCGAGCUGGUCUCGAAGAAGCGGAACGGCAGGAUAGCCCGGAAGUUCUCCCUGACGCAGUUCGGGCGCAACGAGCUGAUUUUCGUCUGGAAGGAGGGCGAGAAAACGAGGAGGCCCACCGACAGACACGAGGCCAACAACGAGUACAGCGUCAAGUGCUGGCCGAGAUCGAGGCGGAGCGACGAGGCUGCUGGCGACUACGUGCAGGAGCUGCUCAGGCUCAGGGUCGUCCACAUGAAGAGCUGCAGGUUCCACGAGACGAACGUGACCGUGGACGAGAAGGCCCACCGAGUCGGCGACCACGAGAUCACCGGGCUGAACGUCGUGGCGUUCGGCAACGGGGCCGAGAUAUUCUUCCGCAACGAGGAGCUCUGCGGCCGGGAGAGAAGGUGUCGGAUCGAGUAUAACUCGAAAACGCACAAGUUCAGCAGCUACUCCGUCGAAGGUCUGCCGGUCAAGUACGACGCGACGGCCAAGAUCCAGUCGACGUGGUCGCAGGGAUCCAGAAGCGCCGACGACCGGCUCUACUUGGUGGACUCGAUGCUGCACGAGGCCGGCUCGGUGCAGAUCCUGGAAGCCAACGGCGACGAGCUCGAGGCGCACUACUACUCCUGGUCGGUCUUCGACAUCGACCUCCGGGCCUCGGCCGUGGCCUACUCCGCGCUCCGCAGCCAGAUGGCCAUCUGCAUGCAAGCCAUGUCCAGCACGAGUCUGGACUGCGUCAGCUCGGAGGACGACUUUCAGGUCGCGCUGAGCCUGCGCUCCCGGGACGUUCGGCUACUCCGGGUGCGAAACUUGCCGGGCGGCGGCUUCCUGCUGCUGAUCGGUUACGGGCCGGAAGGAGUGACCGACCGCCUGGAGCAGCUGGAUCACGUGAAGCUCGACUCGCAGAGCCAGAUCGUGGCGAGCUACGGCCUCAAGGACUUCCAGUGCCAGAGCGAGGGCUCCCGGCUGGACGGCGACUUCUUCGAGAAGAGGGGCUCCGAGUACUGCUACUACAUCAACUGCGUGUCGCCGAGGCCGGCGGUCAACCAGACGGAGCUGGACCUCGACGAGUACCACUGGCACUUUCACGCGUACUGCAUGCCCGAGGAGAAGCAGGAGGAGGAUCAUGUCGGCGAGCAUACGUGAGCGAUGAUUAAUCCCGAUUUUCAACGGUCAACAGCCAUCUCCGGAGCAAUUCUGGAGCGAGUGUACUUGGCAAGAAAAGGCAUCAUAGUCCAAGUUUCGUUCGCGGCGCGGGGACGAUAAGUCUCGUAAACGAGAGCUCAUCGGCUUAUACGCUCGGCCGACUUAUAUACGAACGGCCCCCUCCGUUAAUGCGAGUUUCCUGUUCUCGCCGCGCGACAUUUCCCGUAAUACCCAAUUAAUUUCUUUCAGCCGGGAUUAUACGCAGCCGUAGGGCGUUGCGGCCGCUGCGGCCGCUGCCUUUAUGCGCCGAUAUUCUCUCGAAACGAUCUCUGUAUAUAUAUAUACACAUAUACAUAUAAAGGUGUAAUAAAAAGCCGAGAAAAUGCGAGGAUUUGAAA